AUGAAUAUUCUCCAAAGUGUUAGCUACAUCUGUUUGUGGCUAAAGGAGAACUGUUUGACUGGCAUUACCACAGGUUCAAGCUUCCUGCACCUAAACUGUUGUUGUUGUGUUCAUCUUUCAGAGGACAGUUUUGUAUACCGAAGUCCAGAUGAAGAGGACUAUCACCGCUCUGGGACUCCAGACUCUGAGGGUCCAGAUGGGACCUACAGCAGCGAGGAGAGCAGCUCUGCUCUGCCUAGCAACGGAGACAGAGAGUUGGGCCAGCACGGCCACUCUGACCCCAGCAGAGACACAAAGAGCCCGGGUGGAGGGCCCCCGGCUCAGAUCAGCAGCGGUCAGAUCAACGCAGGGCAGGGCACCAAGCCCAAGAGGAAACGCUCCGGCUCGGACUCCAAGUCAGGGAAGCCCCGCAGGGCCCGGACUGCCUUCACCUACGAGCAGCUGGUAGCGCUGGAAAAUAAAUUCAAGUCCACACGCUACCUGUCGGUGUGCGAGCGCCUCAACUUGGCCCUGUCCCUGUCCCUCACCGAGACCCAGGUCAAGAUCUGGUUCCAGAACCGCCGGACAAAGUGGAAGAAGCAGAACCCUGGAGCCGAUACCUCGGCCCCCACGGCGGGGGGAGCCGGAGGAGCAGGGGGCGCAGGUGGGGGGACAGGGGGAGGCCUGGGCAGCCUGAGUCCUCUGAGCCCAUCUCCUCCGGUCAGCGGCCACCUGGCCAUGCACGCUGGCUACGCCGGACACCACCACCCCCCCACAGGGAGCCUGGUGCAGCUGCCUUUCCUCACCGCCAGCCAUGUCCUGUCUCCGUUCAUGCUGGGAACUCAGAGCUACGCUGCGCCUGCCUUCUACAGCACACACCUGUAAAGCCACACAGUGAACUGCAGAGCAGCAAACCUUUUUACUACCAGUACCUGAAGACUUUAAAUCAGUGGAUUAUUUUGAUAGAUUGUGAAUAUGAACCAGAACUUGUACAUAAAUCUAUGUUGUAGCUUCCUCUGAAUGCUAUCUGGACCUGCGUGAUAGACCAAGAAUUGAGUUCUUUCUUUCUGUUUAAUUUCACGUCUGUACAAAUACUGAAUGUUUAAGACGUAAGGAAUGGCUUUGAUCUAUCAUCAGUAUUGUGUAAUUCCAGCUGUGAUCGUUUUCAUUUCCCUUAUUUAUUGAAUUUGUUCCAGUUGCUAUGAAAUCCCUGGAUGUGCCAAAUCCUCAGCCCAACAUGAACUGUCCUUUGAUAUUAAAAAGAUGAA